AUGUGGCCUCUGCUUGUUUUCCUUAUCGGACUGAAUGCUGCUGUGAUAUCAAAACAUCAAGAUGUCCAAUGUCAAGGUUCAACAACAAAGUUACCAUGUCCAUAUGGCAGCAAUAUAUCGUCAAGUGAAUGCGAGUACUACAACUGUUGCUAUGACAAUUCUUCAUCUCCAAUAUGCUACCAAAGAGCACCAGAAUGUGUUAACUUAGCAUGUGGAGAUAAUGAAACAACAACCAUAGAAUGCCCAGUCGAUGAUAUGAUCCGAAUAGCAAGGGUGGGGAAUGCUGCUCGAACAAAUUGCAAUGGGACGGAUAUAUGUCUAGCUUAUAUUCGAUACCCUAAUAACACCAAAGCGAAAUGCAAUAAUAAAACAAAGUGUGCGUUACCAAACAAGACCUAUGAAAAUGGCCAGAGUGAACGAUGCACAACAUACGACGAGAGAGGAAAGGUCGUAUACAUUCCAACAACAUCUCAAUUUGUCUGCUUCAGAUGUUAUCCCAUCCCAACUACUACAACUUCAACAACAACUACGGUAUUACCAACCACUAUAAGCCAGACUAGCUCUAACAGUACUGUAGAUGUACAUGGCGGUUCAGGUCUUAAUAUUCCACUGUUGCUCUACAUUGUGGUCCCAGCAAUCGUUGUUGUUGUCGUUGCGUUCAUUAUGUUGGGACUGUGGUACAAGUAUCGCUAUAAACGAAAUGACAAAAGAUAUCCUCCAAGUAGCCAAGAGUUGAGGGAAAUUCAACUAAGACCUGAUAUUUUAGCUGCAAAUGAUGAUGAACAUAUGCAAUAUGAAGAUGUGUUUGUGGCAGAAAGAGACAAUGACAGAAGAACUAUUGAUAAAGUGAACUUAGAAAAUGAUGCCAAGAUGCAAAAAAUGAUAGAAUUAGAGACGCUGUAUGCUAAACCAGAGAAGAAACCUCCACCAGUCCCAAAGAAAAACUUUAAACGAAUCACUCCAAAUACAAGUGCAUCAUCAACCAGUGACACAGAUCCCAUAUCACAUUAUUCACUGGAAAAAAGAGUUGGUGAAAACAGCACUCCAUAUGCAUCGUCCCAUGUUUCUAUAUCUUCAUCGCCGCCCUCUUUACAACAAGAUUCCGCCCCUGAUGAGGCAACUAAGGGUUAUCCAGAACCCGUCAAUGCUGUUGCAGGUGAAUAUGACUCACUUAACCUCGGAACAGACAAACCUCCUGUGCGUUAUGAUGGACGAAAGCGUUUAUAUGGAUAUUCUAAAGUGAAAGAUACUUCGAUGUAA